CGGCGGAGAGGAAGAGUCCACACCGGAACACCGAGCAGCGGAGGAGGGCUUCCACGGCGCCGUCAGCGCACGGAUAAAAAAAAAAAAAAAAAAACCUCGUCCGGAGCAGCAGCAGGCGGAGCCGCGUCACACCGCCUCAUCUCCAUCCUGACCUGCUGAAAACCACCAGGACCAAAAACCCGACUGGUUGGGGAUCUCGGAGCGCAAAACGACGAACGACGCGGUGUUGGAAACCUCCCCCCCCUCCCCUCCCGGACCAGGACCAGGACCAGGACCAGGGCCGAUUCUCCGUUUUCUAGCAGCCAGCUCGGCGCGGCGACACCAUGAAGGACCGUACGGCGGAACUGCGAAGUGCUAAGGACAGUGAUGAUGAUGAGGAGGUGGUGCAGGUGGACAGGGACCACUUCAUGGACGAGUUCUUCGAACAGGUGGAGGAGAUCAGAGGCUGCAUAGAGAAGCUGUCGGAGGACGUGGAGCAGGUGAAGAAGCAGCACAGCGCCAUCCUGGCCGCCCCCAACCCUGACGAGAAGACCAAGCAGGAGCUGGAGGACCUCACAGCUGACAUCAAGAAGACAGCCAAUAAAGUCCGCUCAAAAUUAAAAGCAAUCGAGCAGAGCAUUGAGCAGGAGGAGGGGCUCAACAGAUCAUCAGCGGACCUCAGGAUCCGCAAGACACAGCACUCGACACUGUCACGUAAGUUUGUGGAGGUGAUGACUGAGUACAACACCACGCAGUCCAAGUACCGCGACCGCUGCAAGGACCGCAUCCAGAGACAGCUGGAGAUCACUGGGAGAACCACCACCAAUGAAGAACUAGAGGACAUGUUGGAGAGUGGCAAGCUGGCCAUCUUCACCGAUGAUAUCAAAAUGGACUCUCAGAUGACCAAGCAGGCUCUGAACGAGAUCGAGACCCGACACACCGAGAUCAUCAAGCUGGAAAACAGCAUCCGCGAGCUGCAUGACAUGUUUGUCGACAUGGCCAUGCUGGUGGAGAGCCAGGGAGAGAUGAUUGACAGAAUUGAGUACAACGUGGAACACUCAGUCGACUACGUGGAGCGAGCCGUAUCCGAUACCAAGAAGGCCGUCAAAUACCAGAGCCAGGCUCGCAAGAAGAAGAUCAUGAUCAUCAUCUGCUGCGUCAUCCUGGGCGUGGUCCUGGCGUCAACCAUCGGCGGCACGCUGGGCUUCUGAGACGCUCCGCCACCUGCCGCUGUGACAACCGACACCGACCGACCGUCCGACCGCCAGCAGAGAAAAGAAACACCGACGACAACAACAACAUAAAAACUUGAAACACAAAUGCAAGACAGAUUACCAAUCAGCUAGGAAGAGAUAACAAUCCAAUCACAGAUAAGAGGAAACACCAUGGGGUUGGGUGGGGUUCAAAAAACAAAGACAAAAAAAAAAACAAUAAAAAAACGCCAUCACAUUAUAGCUGACUUAAUUACAUAACAUAUAUAAAAGAAGGUACAAAUAAACCUACUAUUUAUUACAGAUGUACAUGUAAAUGUAUGAACAUAUGAAGCAACACAUGGGUUAGCUACCUGUAAAAAAUUAUGACCUAUAAUAUGACAUUUACUUGUUUGUUUGUUUGUUUUGCCUUUUUUUUUCUUAUUUUUUAAAAGUUUCUUUCGUUUUUCGGGAGUCUCCGAGGACAGCGAUGGUGACUGCUGCUGGGUGGGAGUUCUACGGGACGAGCAUUCCAGAACCAACCUUUUAAUCUUUGUUAGGUUCUUUACAUUUAUUUCCCGGUAGAGGUUCUGGCACUGAGCACGUUCUGGAAUGUCAGAGUUCUUCACGAAAGAGCUCGGCUCUCCAAGUUAACUGUGAGAAAGAAAAAUAAUUUUUCGGUUCCGUCAGAACUUUCUGGAGCUCUAGAACUCUGUGCUGCAUUGUGGCACCAAGGGUUCUCAGAGCAGAGUGAGGUUCCGGAAUGCUGUUGGUGAUGCCACAGUGUUCCAGAAUGCUGUCGGUGAUGCCGCAGUGUUCCGGAAUGCUGUCCCGCAGGACGAGCACCCGCUGGUUUUUGAUAGAACCAACUUUGUCCCCUUGUUUCCGGGAGGGAGGGGCCGUUGGCUCGGCCGCCUCUUUAGUCCACCUCUCAUUGGUUGUUCACUCCUGUCAUUCACCUCAGUCAGCCCAUUAAAUUAGCUUAGACUGGCAAAGCCCAACCUGCCACGUGUCAUUUUUAAAUGAGGAAAGAGCGUGACACGCUGUCCACCAAACAGUUUCCACAGCCAGCCGAUCGGUUUGUGCCGGAGUGUGUGGCGGGUGUCACUGCGACAUGGCAGGUUUCAGCCUCCCCUUCUUGUGACAUCUAUCCAGCCAAAGAGCAGUGGGAGGGAGGGCCUCUGGUUUCCUGCUGAAUUUAAUUCGGAAACGUGACAUUUGACUGACAGGUGAAGGGUGGGAAGGAAGGGGGGUAGGAGGAGGAGGGUUUAACGAGGGUGGGAGGAGACGGACGGUCAAUCUAUGCAGUUUAGAAAUGAGGAAGACGACUCAUCUCGCCUCCCCCGCCCAUGGCAGCCAAUGAGGCUUGCCGUAACGCCGCUCAUCGGCGUCAUCGCUGUAGAAACAUGCCGGGGGCCAUCUCCAAGCUGUCACAGCUGUUCUUCCGGAAGAUUCUAAAAAUGAAGAGAACACAUUAAAAAGUAAAGAAGAAAAAUAACAUAAAACAUAAAACUAACAAACAAGCUAGAAAACAAACGAGACGGACAGAAAACGUAGAAAUCUGUGAAGAUGCUGGCGUGCCCUGGUCACCUGAGUGUCGUGAUUUUAUCUUCUUUUUGUUUCGUAAUGGGGAACGUUUGUUGCUUCGUUGUUCCGUGGUGCUGCUGUUUUAGUGCGUGCGUGACGUGUCCCGUGACGUAUCGGCCUGACAUCAUUUAGCGGUUACCGUUUAGUCCGUAUGGUUUGAUGCAUUCGCCUGUUUCCUCCCUGCAUCCCUCCAUCUCCUGCCUGAGUGUGAUCACACCAUUUAAAUGCCUGAGUUGCACAGGUGCUACUGAUCAGGAGAGGCUUUUCCUAUUGGUGGAUUUUCUCUGUGGAAGGUGGAACAUGUGACGCACACACAUUCACAUUCAUUCAUUCAUAACACGGCACAUGCAUGAACACUUCAUAUUAACACACAGUCACACUGGAAACUCCCCUGAACGUGCAUACCUUCCCACGUUACAUAUCAAGCCAGUGUAAGACUGGGUCGCUUAGCAUGCUGUAGCAUUAGCUUGUGUUCUGUGUAGGUCGUGUAGCUGCUGCUUGUUGGAGAGUAAUCACAACUUAUUCUGGUCUUUUUUAAUGUUUAAGACUUUUUCUGUGUGUCCAGAUCAGUGUCGGGGUGAGAAAUACCACAAGGAAGUCUUGACCCUGGCAAAAGAAGUUUGACCAAUUAAUCCCGACAGCUUUUUAAUCAGCGUCUUCAUCAGCAGUGCACUUGGAAUUUUUUAAAAAGGCUACUUGGUACAAUUAUUUUGUCAAACUCGGACAAUUUCAGCAAGUAAAGUAUUUUCAAUCUGUGCUUUGACAAAUAAAAUGCUGACCUCGACACUGGUCCGGAGUGGGAUGACACUCGCGUGUUACGUGUGUGUGUGUUGUAGAAGCAUGUUCUGUUUCGUUACUGUUCACGGUGUUCGUGUUGAGAAGUAGCACAGACAUGAGUGUCGCCCCAAACUGGACACACGGCGCGUCUCGAAGCUCCAGCUCAGUGCGGCGACUCCGGCUCGUCAAUUUUCGGGGUCUGUGAUACGGAGGAUCGUCGUGUUUGGGCUCUGUGAUACGGAAACUCGUCGUGUUCAGGCUCUGUGAUACGGAGACUCAUCAUGUUCGGGCUCUGUGAUUCGGAGACUUGGCGGCACCCGUUGAGGCCUGCGCCGCUGGACAAUCCCGCACCGUUACGAUCACUGUCGGGGCGACGAACACCACCUGAAACUCCACUAGAUCAGUCUACUACACUUGGUGUCAAAGCAAUAAAGUCAGUUUGUUAUAGUUAAGUUUUAUUUGGCCGUGUCUCUGCCCCUGGUGUGGCUGCAGAAUGGACAGAGUUUAAACUUGGAUGGACAUUAAAUCUAUUCAAGAGAUGCACAGCUGUGCUCAGUAAAUAUCUGGGUGUUUAAUAAAAAAAAGCCACUUUGCAGCUCCAUUGCUCUGGAUGGCUUCGCUCUGACAAGAAGCUAACGUUUUUUCACAAGUAUUUUUAGCGAACGAUCUAACGUGGCUAACAAUAUCCAGGACACGUUAGCGGCUCUGUCUCAGCGCAGACACAGGGACGCCAUCACUGCUUCGUUGUGUGUUUUCUUGGGCGUUGUAGUAGUUAGCGCUGUUAGCUGUAGAUGUCUGUGAUGCUGUGUCAUUAGAUGCUAGAUGAAAUAAAGAACAAGGACUUUUAGCUUCAGGCUGGAGAAGAGUGGAGGGAAGUGGGAGCUUUUAUUUUAUUCUUUGACUUCCCAAAACCAAAACCGUUUUCACCAAAGCUUUGCCAACACCACCAGCCCCUCCAGGCAGCAAAACCCAAUAGAUGUUUGUUCAGAUUGUCAGUAGAUUUAGAAUAAAUUAGCACUUUUCUCUGCUGUUGUGUUGUUCAUGGCUACAUUCUGUCUUGAUUCGUGGUUUUUAGACUGUAGUGCAGACACUGAAUCUCUCCACAAAAUGGAUUAAAUAUCAAACAAUAUUUCCAGCCGUAAACGUGUUCCUGGUGUCUCUGGACUCUCGGAGCUCGGUCCACAAACUAAACUGACUUGCUUGUUGAUUUUUGUUCAGAUACAUUUGACCUCCACCAAUCACAGCGCUUCGUUCAUCACCAUAACCUUUAGUUCGGUUACAUGUUCUCGUGGUUGUUGAGGUGACGUCACGGUCGUCGCGGCAGCCUUGCGAUGGUGGAUGAGAAUCAGCGAUGUGAGGAUACCGUUGUAGCACCAGCCAGCUUGUUGACACUGAUGUUGUGUGUGUGUGUGUGUGUGUGUGUGCGUGUGCGUGUAUUUUCUGUAUAAUUCCUGUCUGGCAGCCAUCCAUCAGGCCCCGCCGCCAUCCUCUCGGGAGACAAAACACAGACAAACGUUGACAAACGAAACCACUGAGACAAUUUAAACGACUCUGUUUGGUUGAGGACGUGUGUCAGCAUGUUUCGUCCCCUGUCCUUUUGUCUUCCCUCUUCCUGUUUGUGUCGUAAUUGUUUGUACGAAAAGACGACGUCGAGAAUCGGGAGUCUGCCCUUCCCCUCCCUGCAGACCUGCCCAUCCCAUUGUGUGUAAUGAUGAUAGUAAUAAUAAUAAUAAAAAAGGCAUGCAAAAGCGUUGUGGAGUUUGCAUGAUGGUGUUUUUUGUGCCCCACCCCGACCUGCCCUCCAUGUCGUGCACUUUACCGCCCAUCGGACCGACCUGGCUUUUUGUUUCUAAAAGUGAAACAUGUUGGCGUUAGCUACACCAACACAUGCUUUGUUUGUAACUGUAUUUUUACGCAGGUUGAUGUUUAAAUGUGAACCUGUGAAAG